CUUUCUGGACUCCCCCCACAAGCCACAGAUAGUGGGAAGAGUGAGAGAAUUGUAAAUGUGAGGGAGAGUCACUCACCCAGAUAGGAAGAGCAGAGCAGAGACAGAGAACAUGCCAGCAUACGCCACCAAUAUGAGGAUCAAGUUCCCCAUUUUGGCCUUGAUACUGGAAGCUGUAACCAUUGUCCUGUACACACUCUUUGUAGUUUAUGAUACUGGUGAUAAACAUGGACAUGACGGGGGUCACCAUGCUGCAGGGAAUGAAAGUCAUCAUGAAACCCCAAUGAAACUCUACCCCCUGUUUCAGGAUGUACACGUGAUGAUCUUCAUUGGCUUUGGUUUCUUGAUGACUUUCCUGAAGAGAUAUGGCUUCAGCAGUGUGGGCAUCAACCUCUUGUUGGCUGCCUUUGGCUUACAGUGGGGUCUUCUCCUCCAGAAUGUCUGGGAAAUGCAUGGUGGCAAAAUAAGAGUGUCCAUUGAUCGGAUGAUUAAUGCUGACUUUAGCACAGCAACGGUUCUGAUCUCUUUUGGGGCAGUUCUGGGAAAAACCAGCCCUGUCCAGCUUCUCAUCAUGACCCUGUUGGAGAUCACCAUCUUCUGCAUUAAUGAGCACUUGGUUGUGGAAGUCAUAAAGGCUUCUGAUGUUGGUGCCUCCAUGACCAUCCAUGCUUUUGGGGCUUACUUUGGAUUAGCGGUCGCUCGUGUUCUUUAUCGCCCUGGUCUUCGGAAUGGUCAUGAAAAUGAUGGAUCAGUCUACCACUCAGACUUGUUUGCAAUGAUCGGCACAGUCUUCCUGUGGAUGUUCUGGCCCAGUUUUAAUUCUGCCAUUGCUGAUCCUGGUGAUGCUCAGCUAACAGCUGUUAUCAACACAUAUUUCUCUCUGGCUGCUUGUGCUCUCGCUGCCUAUGCCACCUCCAGCCUGGUGGAGAAAAAGGGAAAACUUGACAUGGUCCACAUUCAGAAUGCCACGCUGGCUGGAGGUGUUGCCGUGGGUACCUGCGCUGACAUGAACAUCCAACCAUCUGGAGCAAUGCUGAUCGGAAUUGUUGCAGGCAUUAUCUCCACCCUUGGCUUCAAGUUCCUCACUCCCAUCCUGGCCUCUAAUCUUGGAAUCCAAGACACCUGUGGUGUGCACAACCUACACGGCAUGCCGGGCAUCCUAGGUGGCCUUGCUGGCAUUGUGGCAGCAGCACUUCAAAGGAAGGAAGGGUAUAGAGCAGUCCACAGUCAUUUAUGUUGUUUUUAUUUGUUAACACGACAUCAAUUAUUUAUCAGUGAUUUCAUUUUGAUUUCCAUUUAUUUCAGUGUUUCAGCAGCUACUCAGGCAGGUGGUUUGGCAUCAUCUCUUGGGUUUGCUUUGGUAGGCGGAUUGUUCACAGGUCUGAUUAUGAAGAUUCCAUUUUGGGGACAGGCACCUGACCAAAACUGCUUUGAUGACUCAAUCUACUGGGAGGUACCUGAGGAAGAGAAGGAGACCGAAGAGCGUUUGGCUCAUGGCGAUUAUUCCAAGAACAAAGCAGAGGCUUAAAAUGCUCCUCUCUAAACCAACUCACUUCCCAAAUGAAGAGACCUCAUCCAAUAAGCACCUCAGGGCUUUUCAACUAUUAGUAUCUACACCACUUAUUGAAACCUUCCAAACAGUGAAUCCACAGUAUAUGAGGAGAUGUCAUGCAUUACAUGACAUCUUCUUUGUUUGUUUGUUUGUUUGUUUGUUUGUUUUUUAUGAAUACAUGUAGCUGAAAUUUAGAUGCACAUGAUACAUGUAACUCAUUAUUACACUAAUAAGUGGUCUGUGAAACAUACUCAAAUUAGACAUUACAUAACAUGUUUAAAAGUAUAUUACCAAAAGUUACACAGUUCUUCAACUGACAACAAUGAGAGCAAUUAAUUAUAAGAAAAAUAAUGGAAAUGGCACAAUUAAAAAGCUAUUGUCGUCAUCUGAUAACUGACUGACAAGAACUGAGUAAGCAAACCCGACACUAUGGAGCUAAUAAACAUAUUUUUGUCAGGACGAUCAAAAUUGCUCAGUGUUAUGGGCCAAAAAUCUGAGCCAAUCUGAGACUUCUUGCUUAAGUGUCUAUCCAAGUAGUUCAAUAUGUUUUUAAUAAGUUUUUUUUUUUUUUUUUUUUUUUUUUUUGUCAUCAGUAGAGAUGUAUCUU